AUGGCCGAUGCAAAAAUCAAGAUACCCAGGGAUUCUAUCCUCCGAUCAUCUACCCUAGUGCCAGCCAAAGGAAUGCGGGUCAGAAAAUCCGAUGGUGAAAUCGGCGGUUCCAGUAUCUCUAGCGAAACUUUUGGCAUCACAGCAGGGCUGCUCGUCGACUUACACUACGUGACCAUGUGGUGUUUGGUUUUCCAUCGUUGUGCCCCCCCGAACGCCGCCGCCCGUCAUGUCUCAACGGGGCGGAGGGGCCGAGGGUGUUUAAAGUUCCGAGGUUCCCGCUCCGAGGCUUCCGAGUCUGCAGCGGGCUCGGCGCCGUACCUCGGGGGGUCAUCCCGAAACCACGGAUCGCAGCCACGCACCGGCCCAUCGGCACUGCUCACAUGGCUCUGUUUGGAACUGCUUGCUCAUAUUUUUGACAUUAUUGUAUUUCACUUUGAAGGGGGAAUCGAUGGCACAUUAUCAUUCGCAAAUGAAGUCCAGCAUUACCAAUGGGGGGGAAUAAUGUCAUCCGAUCUAAGCAUCGUCGAGAUGGGUGACACCAAGAUCUCCGAAUCUGCGGCACCUCGACGCGUCGGAGACUUGAUGAUCGCCCAAUGCAUUAACAAAAAAAGAGCCGCAUCCGCAUCCCAUUUCAUCGACGGCACAGAAAAUGCCAUUUCGACCUCAACCCCCAAUCUGUUUCGAACAGCCCGAAAUCUCCGGGGGGCAUCCUCAGCCCCCAUCCUGACCUCCGAUCAAACACCCGCCUUCGCGGCCUGCGGCCUGCGGGCUGCAGCCUCACGGCGAUCAACGGGGACGGAAUACCUGGUGAACACGGCCCCAGUCGCCUUACAGGUCACCGUACCGUUCGAGCGCCCCCUCCCGAUCCCCUCCUUUCGCUUGCUGUUCUGCAUCAUUCAUGCGGGCGAGUACGGCUAUUCCGCACCCACACGAAGGCUAUCCCGCACCCAUACUAGGCCUACUCAAGCAAAUAGUGGGCUACACGUGACUGCACAGCCGCAGCAGCCACAUUUGACCCGGAAUCUCUAUUAUUCCGGCAGUUCUAGAGGAUUGGAAGGCGCAGCUUCCACUGCACCUUCCACAACUGCACCUUCCACAACUGCACCUUCCACAACUGCACCUUCCACAACUGCACCUUCCACAACUGCACCUUCCACAACUGCACCUUCCACAACUGCACCUUCCACUGUCUAUUGCACCUUCCACUUUGCCCUCUUCUACCGACUAUGCGCGAAGUCAAAACCACGACUUCAGAAGCCAGUCUUUGCUCAGGGAAAAUACAUCUCUAGAGCCCAUAUUUUGGUGCUCGGACAGUCACGUGUAGCCCACUAUUUGCUUAACACCCUGGAGGAAGAUCAAACGAAACGAACGGGGCGGGGUCCCGUCCCCCCAGAGAGCCCCCAAUUGGAUGACAGAGGACAGAACAGGGGAAUCGCAAAAGCCCAUUCUUGGCAUCCCAUCUACUUGGGGGACUUUGGGGGGAAACUUGGGAAGGGAGUCAAAUGGCCCUCCUCUUUUCUUGUCUUUCUUCAGUGCAAGCGAGCUCGACAUCGUUGUAUCUGCACCGGGUACUUUGUACAGAUAGUCAAAAGUUGUCACGGCUACGCCCGGAACAAGUCUCUUCAUGGUUUCUUCUGCCGAAACGAUGCGGUGCUUGCCUAUGCGAUUAGACAAACAACAACAACAACAACAACGUCUACGCCUAGCCGUGAUGACCACAAGACCCGAAAGGCCGUCACAUGGCAUCAACGUCGCAGUCGUCAAUCGGACAGCCACUCUCAUGAGAUGCACACUUCCUUACUGAAUGACAUCCUCCCCCCCCCCACCCAGGGCCCAUCUCCCGCCGUCCACAAACGGGACCCAAUCCUCCGCGCACCACCAUUCUCCCUUUCCUCACCUCCAAUCACCAACAGAAGCCGGAUCCAGAUGCAAGACAAUAUGCAACAAACUUUGAGAAAGAGAGAAUCCCUUGAAAACUCCCGCCACACCCACAAGCCUACAAACUCCCCCCGGCGAUGCGCCGACGAUCCUUCCGUCUUCAGGCGGGAACCCCGAACAACACAAUAA